CAUCACGGGGCAGGCUUCAAACGGUGAUUCAAGGCUGACCUGGCAUAGGUACUUAUUGUAUCAAGUCUCGUUAACAGAGAUGUUCAUUCACUCGUACUCACAGAUGACCAGUAUGGUUCGUGCAACUUGCUACGGUCAGAUUGACCCCGUAUCUCGGUACAGAGGUGUCAGUGAAAAGUCUCCAGUGUUAUCGUAAAAUGUGCUUAAAGUGUCGGUGCCACGUAAUGAAAAGUCGAACUAUACGUUUGUACAUUCGAUAGACAUGGCAGCGCUUGUUCGUCUUAAACGUGGAAGCGUCCAGUUGAGACUUGCGGCGCGGGAAAUGAAAGCGGCUGUACGAGCGCGACACAUCGUUGCAGCACUCGUUGCAGUUGGAUUUGCACUCUGCGGUGCAGUUGAAGUCAGCUCUUCGGUUGCAUUGCUAGCCAAUCAAAAAGACAAUCAUGCCAUUAUCGACACAUCCUGGCACUGCGACAUGCUGGUCAACAUCAGUAGUCGUAAUCGCACUGAAGAUUUUGAAGUUAUACUUAUGGAGUUACCACCGGAGGAACGUACAGAGUCUAUAAUGAGAGAGGCGUUCUUAUGGGGUCAAGUUGCUGGACCGAUUUUAGGAGGAUGUUUGGUAUGGGGAAGGUCAGGCCCAUCCAUGGUGUUUUCACGUGCGGUUCUUAGCGCCUGUUUGGCGUCUUUGUUAGUACCUGCUGCAUGGAGAAGUCCUUCUCACGUGGCACUCCGCCUGUUUCAGGGACUGUGCACAGGCGCAACUAUGCCCGCUGCACAUAUGUUUGCUAUGACAUGGUUUAAAAGCAACCAUAGAAGUUGGUAUUUCAGUUGCUAUGCUGCUGUCAGUGUUGGAUACUGCCUCACAGGAUGGUUAGGUACAGCCAUGGUUCGAGGUUUUGGCAGAGAUUCCCUUUGUUAUGGUCUCGUCAUUGUUGCACUAUGUUGGUACUUUGCUUUUGGCCGAUUCGUCAAAGAUACGCCAAAAUCAUAUCAGCAUGACACAAAUGCAGCGGUAAUUCCAUGGGGAAAAUUACUGCGAUCCGUUCCAGUAUGGGCGUCCGCUGUAGCCACAAUGGGCAAUCAAUGGGGUGACGCUACCCUAGCACUUGGUAUGACGAAAUACCUAAAACUCAUCUAUGGUUUCUCUACAGCUAAUGAUUCCGUUCUGACAACAUUACCUCAUAUCGGUCAUUUCAUGGCUGCAUUAACGUGUGGUCUCCUUGUGGAUCACGUUCGUGAAUCAAAAAUAGUUUCAACCACCACAGCAAGAAAGCUAGUAGUUUAUACUGCCCAUUUUAUACCAGCAGCCUUGCUCUUCGUUGCUGGCUAUGCUGGUUGUCAAGCUCUAGGAGCAGCGUGGUUGGGCAUAGCUGCACUGUUAGUUUCUGGAACUGCACCUGCAGGUGCAUUAGCAGCUAUAGCGGACCUUGCACCUGUUGAAUCUCCAGCCUGUGCAGCGGCUGCGUGUGCAUUAUGCUCCACCCUAGGAGCAGCAGGCUUAUUAGCUGCUAAUUAUUUUGUUACUCAAGCUCUGCAUGGUUCUAUUGCUGGUUCUUGGCGACUGGUAUUCGGUGUCGCUUCCGUUGUUCUUCUAUCAACUGCUGCAGUUUUCCUGGCUCUUGGAAAAGGUGUUCCACAACCGUGGAUUGCUUCCGUUGACCGACCGCGAAGUCACGAUGCUAUUUACGAACAAGACACCUUGGAACUCGAUUACGAGGACGUCGGUGUACAAACAGAGCCUUUCAGUCCUUAUUCACUGGAGGAGGACGUGGAGAGCGCGAAAAAUGUGCCUCGUUCUGCCUCGGUCCAUUCGAAAGUUUCACAGGCAUCUAAUUAAAUUCAUGUCCAUUGUUGGAAUGUUCGUAUUUAUUCAGUAUUUUCAACCUAUUCAUGUAUAUACGAGUUCCAUAAGUAUUCACACCCUUUCAAUUAGUAACUGUAGCAGCAUGAUGUUAUCUAAUAGGUAGAUAUACUGUAUUAAUUAAACUUUCAUUCGCUAUGAAUAUUAUUAAUGAAAAUUAACUUCUUACGACAAAGAUUCUAAUUUAACACGUUGACUAUCUCAGUAGAAACAACCAUCUGUAGUCAGACACGUUUUAAUUUUAAUACAAUUACUCAAUAUAUUGAUAAUUAAUUGAUAAGGCUUGAUAAAUAAUUUGUUUAUUGCUUAUUUCGAUAUUGUUAAAAAAAAUCUCUAUGCAACUGUAGGUCGAUAUAAGCAUGUCUUUUGUAAUUAAUAAUCAGUUUUUAAGGACAUAUAUGUAGGGUGUCUCAAAAAGGUCGUACAAAUAGAAAACCUUAGGAUAUGAGUAAUUACACAUUUGGUACUUGAUUUUUGAAAUGCAUUAUGAAGUGACCAAUAUUUUUGAGGCACUCUGUACAUAUAGGUAAUUGUUAGUUUAGAAUAUAUAUUUUUGAAAAUUGUAUAUAUGUUACAGAGUGUAUUAUAGAUGAGAUUACAUACCUUUUAAGUUAUAUAGUGCUAGUGGUACAUACACUUUGCAAAACAAUUAAAGGAUCACCUCUACGAACCCGAAAAAUAGGGCGAGAUUCAGAUGGUCCCUUAAUUGUUUUGCGGAAUGUAUUAUCUACGUUUGCAAUAUUUUAUGUUAAAAUAAUUCAGUAAAAUAAAUAAAGAAAUAAUAAUAAAUACA